AUGAAGAGAAGAAAUCACUCCAAAUCAAAGCCCACUGCUCCCCCGGCCGAUCUUCUCGUCUGUUUUCCUGCACGUGCUCAUCUCACUCUUCUCCCAAGUCCGGCCAGAGCUCCGGCGGAACCCCAUCGUCGUCACUACCGGAAAGCUCAACCAAGUCCUCUUCCAUGGGCUAAGGAGAUGUCGUCGGAACCUACUUCGCCCAAGGUCACCUGCGCCGGCCAGAUCAAAAUCAGACCUCACGCUCAUCGAUCAACCAAGAAUUGGCAAUCGGUUAUGGAAGAAAUCGAGCGAAUUCACAACAAAAAGAAAAACCCAAUUCGAAAUCAAAAUCCUCUCGGUUUCAAGAGAGAAAUUGUUAAUUUCCUCUCGUGUUUACGGGGAUUCCGUUUUGAUUUCCGUUGUUUCAGAGGCUUCCCUCAAUCCGACAUUACAACAGAUGAUGAAGAUGAUGAAGAAGAAGAAUUCGAACAACACGAACCCGAAUCCGAAUCCGAAUCAGAAUCAGAAGAGGAACCCACAAGAGGAAGAACGAUGUUCUCAGAAUGGUUCAUGGUUUUACAGGAAGAAGAAGAAGAAACCAAACCCAUAAACAACGACGCCGUUUCUUCACUCGAAUUCCAACCUUCCUCUGUUUCUGUUCCUCCCCCAAAUGCUCUCUUACUUAUGCGUUGCAGGUCAGCCCCAAAUUCUCUCUUACGAAAACCAAAACAAGAACAAGAACAAGAACAAGAACAAGAAGAGGAGAAAUCGAAAAUCAGCUUGAAGUUGUUGAUGGAGGAAGAGAAAGAAAUGGUGACUGCGAAGAAGAAAAGCUUGAUGGUAAUGGAUUAUGACGCUGAUUUUUACAAACUUUCAUCAGACAUUGCUAAAGAAACAUGGGUUGUGAGUGGAUCAAGUACUAGUAGCAGUAGUAGUAGAUGUAAUGACGAUCCAUUGUUGAGAAGUCGAAGCUGGAAGAGAUGA